AUGGAGAAGAAUUUUGACAGAAAAUUGCAACUUCCCCUGGCCUCCCAAGGGGAGAGCAGAUCUGCUGUUCAGACCAAGAUGAGCUGGCAUAAUAUUUUGAUCAGAUUUCUACAGUUGAAUUUUCUUCAAGUGGUAAUUUCCCAUUGCAUGGUAUAUCGGAUUCCUCCACAAAGCUUUCAAUUACCAUGUCAACCAACUGGGAAGAAUUCUGGCUUUCCUUUGCCUGUUGCAAUUGCAGAAAACAGUCUUAUUUCAAAUGAGGAACCUGAUCCAACUAAAGCAAAUGUCACAGCAUUGGUGGCUGAAGAUCACUUGUGUUGUCACUGGACUGAUACAUAUGUUAGUUGCUUUAUAUACAUUGCAGAGAUGGAAACCAAGGCAUUUACUCAACAAAUAGGUAUGCUUGUAGAAGAUUCAAUGUGGAAUCUUCAAUUUUGGACUGCAGUAAACUCAGAGGAGUUGUUUUGUGUUGUGGGAUUAUCUAGUAAAUCAUCUUAUCUGACUGAAGACUUUACAGUUAAUCUCUUAUAUUCAUUAACAGAUGUAUCAUUGGAAAGCAACUCUACAAAUUCACUAAAGAACAGUUUCACAGUUACUCAUUGUAUUGCUGUAAAACACCAAAAAUACAAAUGUCAGAUACCUUCAGUGAGACUCAACCACACUUACAUUAUGUGGCUCAAGAUCACACAUGGAAUGGCAUUGCUCCAGUCACCAUUAAUGUCGCUCGUGCCAUUAGAUAUUGUAAAACCUGAACCUCCAUUACAUGUGAAAAUAGAAAUGACAGAUAAAGGACAGUUAAAGAUGUCUUGGUCUAACCCAUCACCAAAAUUGUAUCCACUUCAGUAUGAAGUAAAAUAUUUUGCGAAUAUGACUGAAAAUGUCUAUCAGGCAGUUGAAAUUACCAUGGAACCCUCAUUGAUCCUAAGCAAUACCCUGCUUGAUUCUUCAUAUGUAGUUCAAGUUCGAUGCAAGAGUAUUUAUGGACCUGGUCUCUGGAGUGACUGGAGUUCACCAUUUCACUUGAACCUGCAAGAUGUCAUGUACUUCCCUCCGAAGAUUCUAGCAAGCGUUGGAACUAAUGUUUCCUUUUAUUGUAUUUACAAAAACAAGAACAAAAUAAUCUCAUCCAAGAAGAUAGUUUGGUGGUUAAAUUUAGCAAACGAAGUUCCAAGAAGUCAGUAUACACUUGUGAAUGAUUUUGUUGGAAAAGUUACGCUUAUUAAUUUAGAUGCAAUGAAACCUGGUGGAAAUUUCCUCUUUAAUGCCUUAUACUGUUGUAAUGAAAACAGAGAAUGUAAUCACCGUUAUGCAGAAUUAUAUAUAAUAGAUGUUAAUAUCAACAUCACAUGUGAAACAUAUGGGAACUUACAAAAAAUGACAUGCAGAUGGUCCACCAGCACAGACCCGCUGCUUUCUGAAAGCACUUUGCUGUUAAGAUACUACAGGAAUGAUAUAUAUUGUUCAGAGUCUUCUAGCAUGCCUUCAAAUUCAGAGGUAAAAGAAUGCCAUUCUCAGAGGAAUAAUUCUUAUGAGUGCAUCUUUCAGCCUUUUUACCUUUUAUCUGGAUACACAAUGUGGAUAGAAAUAAAGCACACAUUGGGAACACUUACAUCUCAACCAGUGUGUAUCCUUCCAAAAGAAGUCGUGAAGCCAUUUCCUCCCUUCAAUGUUAAAGCAGAAAUCACUAGGGAAGUGGGAACGCUGAAUGUGAGCUGGAAUAAUCCAGAACUUCCUAAGAGUGAUCUUCAGUUUCAGAUCCGAUAUACUCUCAGUGGAACAGAAGUAACCUGGGAGAUGCAUGAAGUUUCUGCUGUAUCAGGAAGCUGUGCCAGUAUAGAAGUCCAGGAUCCCUGUGCAGUUUACAUUGUUCAGGUGCGCUGCAGUGUCCUUGAUGGAGUUGGCUACUGGAGUGAUUGGAGUAGACCUGCAUAUACAGUUGUUAAGGAUAUAAAAGCUCCUUUGAGAGGACCCGAAUUUUGGAGAAUUGUUAAUGAAGAUCUAAUAAGGAAGCAGAAAAACGUUACUCUGUUUUGGAAGCCGUUAGUGAAGAGUCUUGCCUUAUGCAGUGUACUUGAAUAUGUGAUAGAGCAUACUACUUCGGAAAACAUUACUUGGUCUGAUUAUGUAGAAAAUGAUACUACCUAUACAUUUCCAUGGACAGAGGAUGUUCACACCAUUAAAGUUAUUGCUGUCAACUCAGUUGGAGCUUCUACUGUGAAUUUCAUUAUAACCCUCUCACAACAAAUGAACGCAGUAAAUAUUGUGAAGUCUCUUAGUGCCUAUCCAAUAAACAGCAGUUGUGUAAUUGUGUCCUGGAUGCUUUCACCUGCAAUAUACAUUGUUACAUCUUUUGUUAUUGAAUGGACCAACCUAAAUGAAGAACAAAUUAAAUGGAUAAUGGUUCCUUCGCAUAUUAGGAAAUGUCAUAUUUAUGAUAAUUUCAUUCUAAUUGAGAAAUACCGCUUUAGUGUGUACCCAAUAAUUCCUGAAGGAGUCGCUAAGCCCACAGUGACAGAGGGUUUUUUCAAAGGUGGGAUUGAGAAACAGAAUCACAUGAACUUCUAUGUCAUUCUUCCUCUAGUAAUUAUGUGCUUAGUUCUCCUGCUUGGAGCUCUUCUGAUGUUGCACCAAAGAAUAAAAACACUAUUCUGGGAUGAUGUCCCAAACCCCAAGAAUUGUUCCUGGGCACAGUCAGUAAAUUUCCAAAAGCCUGAAACCUUUGAGCAUCUCUUUCUCAAGCACCCUGAAGCGCUUUCAUUUGGUCCUCUACUUCUGGAGCCAGAAAUAGUGUUGGAAGAUAUCACUAUUCAUAAAGCAAUGAACAAUGAAGACAAACAAGACUUGCUAGCUGUUGGCUCACUGUUUGCAACCAUUCAAGACUUUGAGUGUGACUCAGCUUGCUCUAGUGGCCAUUUCAAUAGUGAUAGUAUUGAUGCUGAAACCAGUGAAGGGGCUGCAGGACAAUCUAAUGUAAAAUAUGCAACUAUUAUAAGUAACUCUUUGUCAAAUGGGUUUUAUGAGCCACCAAGAGAUCUAGACAGUCCUUUUGAAACUUGUUUUCUAGGCCAUGAUUCUUUAAUUCCAGCUUCUUUCUCUAACAGUUCUUGGGCAAUGGGAAGUCAAGCAUUUCUGGUAUUACCUGAUGGCCAUCUAGGCCCACCCAGAAAAAUGGUGUCUGUCUCUGCUGCUUCAUCUGAGGGCUUCUCGGAACCUUCAGACCAGGACAGACAUUUCAGUGAGGAACACAGGCUACAGAGGAGCCUGUUCUGUUUAGGGAUGCAUUCAAUCAAGAGAAGUGAAAAUGACAUCUUUUUAACAGAAAAUUCAAAUGUGAUGUGUCACUUUCACACCAGUGCUCUUUUCAGGAGUAUGAAAUUUCCUCAAGAUAUGUGUUCUAAUCUAAAGCCUUUAAUCAGCAAAUGUGAAACCUCCAUUCAGACCUUUAUACCAUACAUGCCACAGUUUCAGACACUGACAAUUAAACUACAUGAGACAGUUAGUAGCAAAACAUAA